AUGUCAAAUAAUAGUGUGCCAUCUACAUUGAAUAACGAUGACAAUGGACUAAAUAACCCAACCUCAAUUCCUGUGUUACAGCAAAAAGCAAAUAUUUUUCAAGCAUUCUCACUGAUGUUCAUUCCAAAUAGGACAUGGAGGGAGACGAACCUGAGUUCAUUUCAACUCUUGAGCAAGUCCAAGAAAGAAUUGUCCGCUGUUCAACAUGUCAAAGAAAGAUCAGAAGGCGGUCUUCACCCAGGCAGGUUUCAACUCUGUUGUGGAUUGGGAAAGGACAAAGUGACGCUAAUUCACCGUACACCAGGACUUAUAUCUAACAUAAUCUUUUAUCAUUUUGAAUUGAAUACUUGUCCACUGCAACUCACUGUCAAACGAGAUCAAACUUUACUUUCUCAACAUGACUUUAAUUGGGCUAUGCACUACGUUGCUCUGACUUCUCUGUGUGAUGAGGAUAUUGUUAAACAUUUUGGAAGGCAUCACGUUUUAAUGACCAUGGGGAUUAAACCCUCACUUUUGUCAUUCACUAUAUUUUCGUCCGCUUUGCAUAUCAUGCAUAGCCCCUUUGCUUGUGCAUAUAAGUUCAGUCCUCUAAAUUCUAGGCACGAUAAAUUCGUUUGGCGCUACGUACGGGAAGCGAAUCAUUUGAUGUGUCGAGCUUCAAACAAUGUUUUGAUAGGCUUGACCCAAAGAUUGGAUAAAUCAAGUUGGUCUUUAAAAUAUGGGAUAUUGACAGAAGCGAUUGGCUUAUUUCAAGGACAGAUUAGUGAAAGCGUUUACACUAAUAGUACCUCUGCUUCGGAAUUAAAAGCCGACUAUUGCAUAGUGUUUAAGCAAAGUGAUUUCCAAAGUAGUGUCAAAAAUACCCUUCAAUAUUUUAAAGGCGUCCUUAGUCCAGUGCAAGUUUAG